GCGCCACAUUAUUAUUAAUUGCAGAAGAUUUGUUGGUGAGAGCUCCUCGAUUGAGAUCAUGAUGACCUGGUCUGAAGCUGAGGGCUGAGUGUGGAGAGCAAUGCAUCGACCAACGCCAUCAUGCCAUCAUGACAGCAUCAUGGCAGCAUUGGAAAAUUGUCCUAUCAUGUAAAACAUUCGAGCAAAGAUGCAGCAAAAAGGGGUGAUAUUGCAAUGAUUGUGAUGGAAAUCAUAUGCUGGGGCUGCAUGUCGGACAGGAUUUCCUGCCAGCCAGACGUGGGACAGUGGAUACAUCAUCCGACACUGUCAACAACAAGAGAUAUGCCCUGAGAUGAUCCUAAGAUAAAAUAAUUCCGUAGAUAUUAAUAUCAUCACUAUAAUAAUAGUACUCCAUAUGAAUAGAAGAGGACCAACGUGUGCCCCUUUAUGUACGCAAGCGCCGCGAUGCUCCACUGCUAAACCGCGUCGCUUUUGCCGUCGAUCCCCGAUUUGCGUCUCUCUCCUCUCGACAUCUCCUCCAUUCAUCUGGUUGCAUAUCACCAACUCAACCUUGCAGAUAUUCAUCGCUUAUUCGCCUCAAUCCGGCGACCAAAGACAGGCAGAUCUCCGAUUGACAAGACCAGAGCUGGUUCUCCCCCUCUUGUCUCAUCCCACACUCGUUUUCCUGUCUGUCUGUCUGCUGCAGCCACAACCCAACUGGCCCAGCCCUUUUUCAGCUCUCAGCUCAGCUGUGACCGAUCAUCCAUCACAUUCUCUCUCGCUCUUUUCCCUCUUUUUACUUUUUUCUCGCUGGAUUUCUUUCUUUUCUUUCUCGCAUCGUCAUCCCGAGGCCAUCCUCUGUAUUUUUCACCCUUCCGUAUCUUUUGUUCUCAGAUCCUCCGGCCUCACUUGACCAACUGCCAUUAAUCGACGAACGCGUCUCAGCAUGCUCGCUCUUCAGAUUCACUCCUCUUUCCCUACUGAUAUCACAACCCGACCUCUCUUA